AUGGAUCAGCCUGCCAUCGUCCUCGUCAAACAGCCUCUUCACAACACUCUGCGCAACGCUCUAACUUCUGAAGGAAUCAACACCGUCGAGGAGCUCUUCAGUCUUGACAAGCGUGACACCAAGGACCACCUCGUUAUGCUUCAGACAAUCAUCAAGUUACAAAUCAAGCAGUCAAAUUCUGAUUCUAAAUCACGGCUUGUGAAGGCACUCCCUCAAAUGAAGUCUCUUCUUGAGAACCAUUGCUUCAAACCUUUCAAGCCCCUCGUCACCGUCGUUCUCGGUAGCGAAGUCAAAUCCGAUGAAGAACUGUAUAAUCUUGCCGAGCUACUAUGCAUGAGCCACCCAAGCCCGUCCGUCAUAUCAACCCCACCGAAGAUCAGCACAUCCAGCCGUGUGAAAUCGUCCAGCCAUCCUUCCGACUUCCUUCCUGCGCUCAAACUGGAAUUGAAGGAAUUAAUGUUUGGCAACGUUCCAGGUCUGGUGGAGCAUUUCCUCCAGCAACAUCAACUCGAUACCCCCUCGGCCUUGAAGCCCCACGACAUCUUCAUUAAUCAAAAGUACGAAGAAAGAAUUGAAGACACGUCGGAGCCUUCGAUGUUGAAGUGGAUCACAUCGCUUGUUGAAUAUUGCUCUGCCUGCCUGAAGAAUCAAACACCAACCCAGGUGCAUUCUCGUGCUUGGGCCUGUCCUAGCAAGUAUCUAAAAGGCAUCGAAGGAAGACGCAAGUUAGAUUGUGCGAUUGUGUCCCAGCCUUUCACGUGGAGCAACCACAUCGAACACAUUCUGGUCCCUUUCGAGCUAAAGAAGAAUAAAUCACAAGCCCGAGAUGCUGAUAUCGACUUGGCCAAAUAUGUCUACGAGAUCUUCGAAGCUCAGCCCACCCGAAGCUCAGUCGUUGGGCUUACACUGUGUGGAACCUUUAUGCGGCUCUGGCAGUUUGAUAGGUCCGGGGCCAUUGGUUCCGAAUUAUUAGACAUCAAAGAAACCAAAGAAAACCUUUUCAAGUUCCUCAAUCUGAUCUUAUUGUUUUUAACCUCAAAUAAGCGAGUCCUCGGCUUUGAUUCGACCUUUAUUGAAAGCUAUGGGCAGAAUUGUACGGACACUCCACAAUCACUAAAGGUACAAAUCAAUGCCAAGUCCAACCCUCAAGAUCUUGUUAUAGACCGUCCCAACAGCCCCCUCUUCCGAGCCUCGGGAAUCUGCGGACGGGGGACGACCUGCUGGCGAGCCCAUCUCUUUGGAGAUGUGAAUCAGGAAUUUGUGAUAAAAGAUUCUUGGCAACCCCUAGACCGGAAGGCAGAAGGUGAUAUGCUUUGCGAGGUGACCGAAAAAAAUGUUCCUCACAUGGUUCGAUAUCAUCAUCAUGAAGACGUUGAAGUGGCCAACCAGAGAGUUGACAUUGAAUCUCACGUUCGGGCUGGCAUCAACUUCAACAGCGGCACCGCAUUCCAAACCACCAAUGCACCCCUUAAUCGCCAACAGCCAAAUGGCUUUACCAAUCGUGUUCAUAGACGGUUGAUUCUCAAAGACGUAGGCCAACCGAUUUCAACUGUCGAUUCUCCAGUCCAUCUGUUGGAGGCCUUUGAGGGCUGCAUCAAAGGCCAUCAGGCCUUGUUGAAUGCCGGCUAUCUCCACAGAGACAUCUCAAUAAACAACAUCAUGAUUGACAAGCAGUCCAACGAUACGGAUCGAAAAUCCUUCCUGAUCGACCUAGAUGUGGCAAUUGCCUACCCUAUACUCGAAGAAGAAGAACGCUACACAAGAACCGGCACAAAGAUUUUCAUGUCAAUCAGUUUACUUAAAAAACAGAAUCCUCAUGAGUUUGUGGAUGAUUUGGAAUCGUUUUUUUGGGUCAUGAUAUGGGUUUGUAUCCAUUAUCCUAAGGAGGAUCGGCAAGAGUCUUCUGCGACGAUCACUGAUUGGCAAGAUCUUUCCCUGAAUCAUCUGGCGGACAUCAAGCAGCUCCACCUCAAUGAACCCGCCCGUCUUACCGCCCUCUUCACCCCUCGAUACAAAAACUUCAAGCCUCUCGUUGACUGUGUUAAUCAGUUUGCUAAAAUCUUGCGUGGGCCAGAUGUUAGGUCUAAGCAGUCCAAGGAGCUUUAUUUUGAAGUACUAGCAGUUUUUCAAAUGGCUCAAGGGAAAAAGCUGAUUGAGGGAUCAUAA